AUGUUCUAUACCGAUAUCAUCAUUGAUGCAGUCCCAUCGGUGACGCGCGAUGCCUUCCUCAACUUCUCUGCUCUUUCACUCUACCAUAGUAGCUAUUACCAGUCCAUAACGCUACCGGACCAAGCGCCCGCUAGACCCGGCGACAAAUUGAUCUGUACUAUCGACAGCAUCCCCUACCCCGCCAUCGUUGAAGUCAACUCCCCCCGGGAGUUUACAUGGCGCGGGUACCUUAUCUGGAAUUGGAUCUUCAACGGGUUGCAUAGCUUCAAAUUCGAGAAACAUGGCAAUCAGACCCGGUUCGUGCAAUGCGAGGAGCUCGGUGGUCUUCUAGGAGGUGUAUUGGAGGCUGUCGCACGGGACAGGAUGUUGGAUGGGUUCCGACGGUUCAAUAAUGACUUUAAGUGUUACGUGGAAGGAAAAGAGGAAGGACUGUAG